AAUCAGAUAUUCGUGGCCACAUUAUUAUGAUGUUGUUCCUGCUGCUGACAGUUUAUCCUGUAAUAGCAGCCAGAUGCAUCAAGGAGAGAACAACUUACGAAAGAACACAAGGAUAUAAAGUACCUGACCACGUGCUUCAGGGAUCAGAUUCCUUCUUAGUUCUGAAAGUGACCUCCAAUAACGAAUGUUACUCCCUGUGCACAAAUAAUGAAGACUGCCUUGCGUAUCUCUUAGAUCACCAGAACAAAAGUUGUAUACUCACAAAGGCUGAACAUAAUUCUAUAAGGAAACAACUGGUUCCGAAUUACGCCUGGAGUUAUCAUCGAAAACUCUGUAUUGCUGGAUUACAGUGUCACCGCCGGUGGUCAUUUGAUAGAAUUCCCGGGGCUCAGCUGACUGGUUACGGCGAUAAGACCAUCGCAGCCAUUGGUUCUGAGGAUCGUUGUUUGGAGGCCUGUGCAAUGGAGAAAAGUUUCAAAUGUCGUUCAGCGCAAUAUGAUCACGAUACAAAAAAUUGUGUUCUCACCAAACACGAUCGAAGAGUUGCUGCUGAGGCUUUCACGAAAUCACGUAGAGAGGUGGAUUACUUGGAGAAUCAGUGUGUUCAAUAUCCCAACCAGUGCCAUUUUCAUCUCCAGAAAAACCGAGUAAUUGUCCAUAGUCACGUUCACGUUAAUCAAUUAGCUACCACGAAAGAACAGUGUCAACGGUCCUGUCUUCAAUUUGGCGAUUUUCGAUGUCGCUCUUUUUUGUUUGAUCCUCUUAAAUCACUCUGCUUGCUGUCACCAGAGGACUCUUACUCUCUAUCAGAGGAGGCCAUCCACUUCACAGAAGGAAGUGUCGAAUAUUAUGAGGUUGGAUCGUGCAUUGAAGUUGAGAUGCGCUGUGAAUCCACUUCAAUGACCGCUAUCCUGAAGGUGGCCACACCGUUUCGUGGAAAAGUUUAUUCUGUGGAUCAUCCUCACGAAUGCUUCGCUGUAACCGCUGCAGACUCUGGUGAGAUCACCUUGACUAUUCCACUACAUGGAAAGAAAUGUGGAACCAGAAAUAUGGGAAACGGAACCUUCACUAAUAGUGUUAUAGUUCAACACCAUCCCACCAUAUUAAGAUCAAGCGACCGUCGAAUUGACGUUGCGUGUGAUUAUGAAGAAAUCACAACUCGACUGAGAGGAGGAAAGGAAAUUAAGGAGGACGAGUUUCAAAGUUUAACGCAAGUUGUCACAGGAUUAGCACCGACGCCCUCUAUCCGACUUCGUGUUGUGAACGGUUCGGGUUCCGAUAUCAAAGGAGUUGACCUUGGAGAACCUUUAUACUUGAAAGUCGAAAUGCUAGAUGAAAGUGUAUUUGGGAUUUUUGGGAGUGGCCUUGUUGCCCGAAGUGGUGAUGGAUCAGAUAUGAUUCUGUUGAUAGAUGAUCAAGGGUAA